CUUCCGGCGUCUGUCUUCAUUUCAGUGUAAUUUAUCGCGUGUAAUUAGACGGUGCAGUGAGGUACUCGUCGCUCCCGUUAUUCCAAUUCUUUCGCUUCCGGGAAACUGGAUCGUGGCGCGGACCGGUUGUGUAUUAAUCGCGCUGUGCAGACAACCCGGUUUGAUACGCAGUAGUACGCGCGCCAUUGGAUUGGCUAGACGGUGAUUUGUUUAUGUUGCGUUGCAGAAUGAUGACCUGACCGGAUUAAACGCGGCAACCGCUACACUAGCGGCUAGUACACCAUUCGAUGUUGUUUUAAUUUGUAGUGUACACACAGACGCUCACACCGUGUCAUGUCCUGAUUAAACCGGUUGCACAGAUACUCUUUUUUAAACUGCCGGAACAUUUGCAUUAACCGUGAGCGCUGUGCGCUGUGUGUGGAUGCUGGUACGUCGGCGAUUGCUGGGAAAUUUGGUGCUCCCUUGUUUUUCCGGAAGAUUGGCGCAUCAUCGCGGUGGAGUGGUAUUGAUUUAUCAUCAAUCAACGUCAUUUUGAUCGCUUAAUCAACCGGAAAUAUUUUGUUGCUCAUUAUUCUCGAAUUUGGAAGGAAAUUUCGGAAUAUUUUGGAAUAUGGAACUGAAAGGAAUUUUUAUAUGAUUAUUUUUCUCCAGGUGAAGAUGUCCUGAAGCGCCGCACACUACCGGCACUCCGCUGACCAGUGUCCCUCCCUCGCACCGGGCAGCAUGUUCCUCGCGCGAGCGUCACUCUUCCGGCGUGCGCGGCACUAGUGCCCAUAUAGCCGGCGCUCGCUCGUCUCGCUGCUCAUUCUUACCGCUCGAUCGGCAUAUUUACCCAGGACGUCCGCGGCCAAUUCACGGUUGUUCCUUGCCAAUCUCGCCUCCAUACACCCCGACCCCGACCGGCGUCCGUCGCUUUUCUCUACAAUGUCCUACCGGAAGUUCCGCCGCAAGACUGACCGCUGUGACGUCAUCGUCGCACUUCUUCUCCUCAUCGCCGGAUUCCCCAUCAACGCUGAGAUCCACAAGCGCAUGACGCCGGAGCAUUUACGGGAGAUAUUCUACGUUGACCAUGCGCAUCAAGUGCCAAACUACGUGGUCGCCCCGGUGCACAUCGAUAACCAUGACUUUCACCGUUUCAAACGGUCCACCGCCGACACCGUCGAUCCGACAACCGACACGCCGCCCGCCUCGAACAGUAGUUCCUUCGAUACGCCGGCCAACAUCAUCCAACUGCAGAACAGUCUGAAGCUCAUCCUAGAAGCCUUUAACGAGAAAUUCCAUUUGAAUCUGAAGAAGGCGCUACAGCUGCCGGCCACCCGACCACCUAAGGUGUUCUACGCCGACAUGAUCAACGGCGCACCGGUGCUGCAGGAUGCCACACCGGAAUUAUCGUUGGCCUCGUUGCAAGAUGCGUUGUACCAGGAUAUUGAUAAUAUGGCUGCGUUGAGUAUACGGACGUCCAAGGAUAAAAAUGAUCUGCUACUUGACGGUGUCCUGGGCGACGAGUACGUAAUCAAAGCCAUCCCGAAAGAGCUGAAAUUCGUCAUUGCCGUCGACACCGCCGACGGGGCCUUCAUCGGCGACGAUCCCGAUGACCGAGCCAACCUGAACGCCUCCAGCAGUACGACACCGCAUUCCCUGGUGAAUCUAACUACUGAGGAAGCCGGCAGUCAGAGCAACAGCACGGCGGAAACACUGCGCCGGCAGGACGAUGCGGCAUCCGCGGUGGACGCAUUUACGACACACUACCACAUUGUCUACAAACGGGCCACGAAGGAUAAGAGUCCGAAACACGGCGACACGGUCAUGAGCGAGGAUGGGUUUAUGAUGAGCGAAAGCGAGAACCAUCCCAUUAGCGACUACGCGCUGUUGUCGGAGUCGCUGUUUGUGGAAUUACCGGCGGAUCCGUACAGCGCGGCGGUGAACAGUAAAUCAAGCGCGAAAUCACUGCAGCGGCAGCGUUCGAAGCGCGCUCCAUUUGGCGGCAUGACGGUCUGGCCGGAAGUGCUGGUCUUGGUCGAUUAUGCCACCUUCAAUCUGCACGGCGGCAACGAGAAGCGCAUUACCAGCUACUUUGCUACCUUCUGGAACGCGGUGGACCUGCGCUAUCGUGUACUAUCCGCUCCGGAAAUUCACUUGCAAUUAUCGGGAAUAAUUAUCAGCAGAAAUCCGGGAUUUAUGCCGUACAUCGAGGAGAACCGUAUGCCCAGUCCCGAUGACGAUUCCUUCGAUUCCAAACAGGCACUAUCCGAUAUGGCCAAGUAUCUCUUCCAGCAGCAGGAUAUGUUACCCAAAUUUGAUUUAGCCAUGGUCAUCACAAAAUUAGAUAUGUGCCGGCGGAAGGACGACGAAGGACCUUGCGUCCGCGGUACCGCCGGAUUUGCUUAUGUGGGCGGAGCGUGUCACGUUGAUGAGAGCCGACAAAAGCUGAAUAAAGCCGGGAUUGUGGAGGAUAGCGGCGGUUUCAGCGGCGUAAUUGUGGCCGCCCACGAAGUCGGUCAUUUGUUGGGAUGUGUUCAUGACGGCACAGCGGCGCCCUCGUAUCUGGGCGGGCCGGGCGCGGAAGCCUGCAGCUGGUACGAUGGCUACAUUAUGAGCGAUCUGCGCCACAACGUCAACGGCUUCAAAUGGUCAUCCUGCUCCAUGGCCCAGUUUAAGCAUUUUCUCUCGCGUCCACAAGCCGCCUGCUUGUUCGAUGCACCAAUGCCAGGACUGCGGUUGGGCAGCUCGCUCCCGGGGAAAAUAAUCCCGCUGGACUGGCAAUGUCGGCUUGACCGCGGCACCACGGCCUGUUUUAAAGACUCCAGGGUGUGUACCCAACUAUACUGCCACGACAAGGACACCGGUUACUGUAUUGCCUUCCGUCCGGCCGCGGAAGGCUCGCCAUGUGGAACCGGAAAGAAUUGUCGCGAUGGCGUGUGCGUCACCGAUGACUCCGCGGAAGCAGGCAGCGCCGGUUCCGAUUUCAACGGACUAGGCGCCUCCGGUCCGCCCUUCCCGGGAGCCCCGCCCCCACCCCCCAGCGACACGCCACCAGGCCCGGUGCUGAACAGCCAAAGUAUGGAGCGCGAAGAGGUGUGCGAAGGCGACGUACCCGGAGUGCGGGUCAGUGGAAUGCCGUGUAAGGAGUUCCUGCGCGUCACCGGCACGACGUACUGUGAUCACCGGGAUAUCCUGCGCUACUGCUGUAACGCGCGCCGCAUCUUCUGCCCGCGACUACGCGACGCAGUUUGACUUUUUAAGGAACGGACAGUCUGGAAAGCGAACUGGUGUGGAAUCUCAGCCGAGCGAUGCGUGCGCAACGGCAUUAGUUCUUUUUGUUACGCCUGUGAUAAUGGAUAGUACUUAACCGGCAUUUUUAUCUUGGGUCGAUCGGUGUAUACAUGGGUUUCACGAUGUUAACUACUCUGCUCUCCUGAUUUGUAAAACGGUUUGUGCAAGAUUUGUGGCACAGUGCCACCUGAUCAUGUAAUGCGGGACGGGAAAGUAACUACCAAUAAUUAUGUAGAGAAAGGUCGUGCGAAACAGCAUAGUGUAAUACUGCGCCGACAGCCUUUACUUUGCUAAAGAAAGUUUGUUGUACGUUAA